AAAAAAAAAAUCAAAUUAUACAAUAUUGGCAACCAGUGUGCGCCCUCCGCUGCGCACUGCCCUGCCUCAGUCCACCGGCGGCCAGACGGCGACACUCAGCUGACUCCAUCUCCACCGCCAUUAUGAGCAAGCUGAUCGCUAGAAUCCCGGUAUUGGCCAAAUCGGCCGUGGAUUCUGCCACACCAAAAUUGAACACAUUUAUGCGAUACGCCAAAGUGGAGUUGGUACCACCCACACCAGCUGAGGUUGGCGGUGUUGCCCAGGGAUUCAACAAUAUUAUGAAGAGUGCACAGACUGGUGCCUGGAAGAACAUUCCUGUUAAGGAUGCCUGGCGUAAUGUACUUGUGACCACUGAAGUCCUGUGUUGGUUCUUCAUUGGCGAGUGUAUUGGAAAGGGUACAUUUGUUGGAUACCAGGUUUAGAUUUGAUGAUGCAUCUUUAGUAAACUGUUUGUAUGUAUUUAUAGACAGAACCAUCACUUGUAAAAAUUGCUAUGAAUAUAUGAAUUUUAUGAUUUCAUGUUUGUAUCUUAAAAAAAAAAAAAAAACCUGUGUAAAUAUCUUAUACAUUUCAGUUUUGUGAAUUCUGAAAUGCAUGAUCCCCAAAGAAAUGCAGAAUAUCAAUAGCACUGUGAAGCAGAGACUGAAAAUCCAAUAUAUGAGAGUCUGUAAUAAAGGAGUCCUGUUUUGGCACAGCUUUAGCUAUCUGUUACAUGUUAUCAGUCAAGGACAGUGCCAUUUGGUUUGAUGCACACUUCAGAAUAAUUCUUUGAGAAUAGCUACAUGCAGUCUACUGGUAAUGUGGUAAUGCUCAUGUUGGCACGCUGUUACCUGUAGUAUGUACUGUCUACUAGAUUGAUAGAAAAAAAAAUUUUUCCUAAAA